AUUGGCUGCUUUCGAUAAUGUGUCUGCUACGCUAGCCUAUGAUUCUUUAUCAUUUGCUUAGGCCUAGGCAUAUUAACUUAUUAAGAUUGUCUAGAUAUUGAUUCUAGAUUUCUAGAUCAAUUACACAGAUCUAGAUCUUAUAAUCUAGACUAGUUCUUUAAUAUACGCUUGAGAUGCAGAAAAGGUUUUAUACCAAGUUCCAAAAAAUGCCCUUUGAAGAGGAUGCAACACAUGAAUUCAAAGGACACAAGAAUAUUUGUAAGGAGGAGCUCCCAAAAUGGACUUUAGAAACUAGUCAAAAAAAAGGAAGCAGGAAACCUAUUUCAAGAAAUCUUUGUGGUUUCCUCAACACUGGUGUUGGUGGAACUAUCUACUGCGGAGUGGUAGAUAAUGGAAAAAUCAUGGGACUGAAGCUCUCCCAAUACCAGAAAGAUCAUGUAGUUGGUAGCCUACAUGAUUUAAUGACAAGAUACGUUCCGCCAGUGGCCCCACAUAGAUACAAAAUUAAGUUUGUGCCCGUGAUUGCACCUAAAGAUAAAGAAGAGGAAAUGAUAGAGCUAGCAAACUUUGACUCAAAAGAAAUUGUUGACCAAGUGGAAAGAAAACAGUUACACACGUUUCGCACUCCUCACUACUGUUGGUGUGAUUUAGAUAGCAAGGCUAGGUGUGAAAAUGGAAUCAUCAUAUCUGAUUACAUCAUUGAAAUAACUAUACACCCUUGGGAUCCUGAUGAUAACAGAAAUCAAGGUCUUGGCAAAUUGAUAAAUCUACAUCCAAUUCAUGCUGAUGAAGAAGGCAGGAUUUACUUUAGGCGGCAAUCAAGUUUGAUAAGAUACAAUGCAACUGAAAUAGCCACACUGUCACACUUUGAAGCUAAAAGCAGAUAUGAUCAAAAAAUCUCUGAGUUAAAGAAAGAGAUCAGUUUAGCCAAAAAAGAGAUAGAAGACAGAAAAGCUAAAAGUUCACAAGUACAGCAUUCACCCAACUUUUGAAGGGGCACUUGUCUGCAAUCACAAAUCUUUUCCUGUAAUGUAAAAAGAGGCAAUUUGAAUCCAUCAUAUGGAAACUGUUAACACUCACUUUAUUGGACAACAAGUUGUUUUGUACUUACUGGUUUGAAUCUGAAGAAGCCAAGUGUUUCCCCAUAUGGCAGACCCAAUUUUGAGUAGGCAUAGUUUCUAGUGUUGUGAUACGGUGGGACUGUGUCAUUAUAAAUGGAGGUUGUACAGCAGGGGUUAAGUGCCUUUCCAAAUUGAUUGUCAUUGAAGCCCAUGGUCUGUAAAACAUGUUAGAAAGAAACAUUGUGUAAUUUUCUAAAAUACUCUUGUUGAAUAUGUAUUGAUUAACAUCUCAAACUACUGAACGUCUACCAAGAGUUGAGCAUUACAUUAGGCAGAUGUUUUAUUUUAUCAUGAUCUGACAGAUAAUGAUAAGAAUAUUAAAAAAUGAUACUUUUAUUUUUUAUGUAAAAAUGUUGAUUUUUCUAAAGAAUAUGAGCAGAAUUUGUUAUUGUGAAAAAUCUACAUUUUUUGUUCAUAUGUACUUUUUAUCAAACAUUAAUUUUAAAACCUGCAUACUAUACUAUAGAUAUUUAGCCAAAAUACAUUCUUGCUAAAAAGCAUUCAACUUGAUUAGAAUUAUGUAUUUAAAUUUUAUGCACAAAAACAACUUACUGUAGGGGGUAUGUCUCUUCGUCUGUAUGGACCUAAAAUUUGUGGAGAUUUCCCUGGAUUCUGUUGAAAAAGUGUUUUUUUUUCUGGUAAAUUAACU